GCUUCGAAACUCGUAAUCAGGGUCAAGACCAUCAUAGGCCAAGCCCCAAGAUAGAUGUAUAUAUACCAAUCCGUCUCGUCUCUUUUGUUUUGUUUCUCCUCAUCUCUCCAUCUCGUUCCAUAAUCAACAGUCUGGUCCUGUUCCCAUUGGACGCGUUUCCUUUGUCCUUUCAAUCUUUCAUUAAUUCUUCUUGUUACUUUCUUAGACGAGGCUAGUCCUUGAGAGCGCAAGUCGCUUCUUUUCUUUGCUUCCAUCUCUGAACAUCCCUCCCAGAGUGCCCUUCCUUUGCCUCUACCAAAUACCCACAAUCCCAAAUCUCUAAUCAUUAUGUAUUUCUCUCAAAUUGCUAUAGUUGCCCUUGCGGCUGUUGCUGAAGCCGUCGAUGUCCAAGUCGUCUCGGUUGGCAGAAACUCGGCAACAAAUGCCACUGGCCUCAAGUUCUGGCCUGAAAAGAUCACAGCAGAGCCAGGAACCAUGGUUCAGUUUCAAUUCUGGGCUGGCAACCACACAGUGACACAGUCUACCUUCGACGACCCUUGUGUACCUAUUGGCAACGUUAUGUCAAAUGUCACUGGCAUCUACUCUGGCUACCAGCCUGUCGAGGCUAGCAUGUCCAAGGGCAUGAUUCCCACUUACACCAUCAUGGUCAAGGACAAGAAGCCUAUGUGGCUAUUCUGCAGCAAGGCAAAACACUGUCAGGGUGGAAUGUCGAUGGUUAUCAACGAAAACACAUCUGCCAAUGCUACAAGAUCGCUCAACAACUACAAGAGCCUCUGCAGUUCAGCAACAGUCUCCGAAGUCGUUCCUGUUCAAGGUGGUGGCUCCCCGCAAGGCGGAAAUGGUGGCAAUGGCACCAACACAGGCGGUUCUGGAGGCGGCAGCUCUGGAGGUGACGGCUCCGGAAACGAUAGCUCAGACGGCGGCAGCAGCUCCGGCGGCGACAGCUCUGAUGGCGGCAGCUCCUCCGGUGACGAUAGCUCCGAUGACGGUAGCUCCGAUGACGGUUCCGAGGAUGGCUCUGGCACGCCAACUGGAGUCGCGGCCCCUGGAGCUACUGGCACUCCCACAGCUGGUUCUUCAGGCGAUCCUGUGGUCACUGCUGCUGCUGCUGAGCUCAAGGCCCCUAUUUCGAUGCUGCUCGCAGUCGGUGCCGCUGCUAUGUAUGUGCUAUAAGCUGAGAGCAUGACGAACUUGUGAAUGGAUAGACAUAAUGCGCAACAAUUAAUGGGGAUAUUUGUACCAAUUGCUGGAACGGUUGGGCAGCCUCGGGAUAGGCACAGUCAUCAACGGUGUUUACGGCCAGGUUCAACGGGAAAGUGUAUCAAGGUUGAACGUUUAGAUAACAACCAAGAAUACCCAAAAACUAUUAGAGAGAUCAUCUUCAUUAUCCCUUAA